AGUAGUAGUAGUAGUAGUAGUAGUAGUAGUAGUAGUAGUAGUAGUAGUAGUAGUAGUAGUAGUAGUAGUAGUAGUAGUAGUAGUAGUAGUAGUAGUAGUAGUAGUAGUAGUAGUAGUAGUAGUAGUAGUAGUAGUAGUAGUAGUAGUAGUAGUAGUAGUAGUAGUAGUAGUAGUAGUAGUAGUAGUAGUAGUAGUAGUAGUAGUAGUAGUAGUAGUAGUAGUAGUAGUAGUAGUAGUAGUAGUAGUAGUAGUAGUAGUAGUAGUAGUAGUAGUAGUAGUAGUAGUAGUAGUAGUAGUAGUAGUAGUAGUAGUAGUAGUAGUAGUAGUAGUAGUAGUAGUAGUAGUAGUAGUAGUAGUAGUAGUAGUAGUAGUAGUAGUAGUAGUAGUAGUAGUAGUAGUAGUAGUAGUAGUAGUAGUAGUAGUAGUAGUAGUAGUAGUAGUAGUAGUAGUAGUAGUAGUAGUAGUAGUAGUAGUAGUAGUAGUAGUAGUAGUAGUAGUAGUAGUAGUAGUAGUAGUAGUAGUAGUAGUAGUAGUAGUAGUAGUAGUAGUAGUAGUAGUAGUAGUAGUAGUAGUAGUAGUAGUAGUAGUAGUAGUAGUAGUAGUAGUAGUAGUAGUAGUAGUAGUAGUAGUAGUAGUAGUAGUAGUAGUAGUAGUAGUAGUAGUAGUAGUAGUAGUAGUAGUAGUAGUAGUAGUAGUAGUAGUAGUAGUAGUAGUAGUAGUAGUAGUAGUAGUAGUAGUAGUAGUAGUAGUAGUAGUAGUAGAAGUCAUCAAGGCAAAAAAGCAUAG